UCGGGCGCUGGCUUCCGCGUCGCCACGGCUGGGUCACCAUGGCUGGCCUGGGCUCCAGUGUGGCCAUCCCCGUGUGGCUGACCGAGGAGGACCUGAGCUGCAUCAUCUGCCACGGGCUGCUGACCUCUCCCGUCACGCUGCACUGCGGCCACAGCUUCUGCUGCAACUGCUUAAGGAAAGCGUGGGGCGCGCGGGGCACGGGGGUCGCGGGCCACCUAUGGGCCUGCCCCACCUGCCGAGAGGGCGCGGCGCGGCAGCCGCCGCUUCGAAAGAACACGCUGCUGCAGUACCUGGCCGACCGGUACAGCCGGGCGCUGAGCGAGCUAGAGGCCGGCUCCGAGCGGGUCCCGAGCCCGGCCACGGCUCAGGCCGCGGGCACCCAGCACCGCCCGGCGCCGCCGCGGGUGGCAGUACCAGAAAACAUCACAGAAGUUGUCCAGGAGCUGACAGAGCUGGUGGGACAGCUUGUGGACAUUGUCAAGAGCCUUCAGAGGCAGACACCCCUCUCAGAAUCUGAACAAGACAAUGAAGUAAACAUCGGGAGCAUGGCCUUGUCAUCUGGAGAGGACUGUGACUUGACUUCUCCAAGCCUAGUGACUUCCAACACAUCUGAGGGGAGAAUGCGAGAGAUUCUCCAGGAUCUAGAAGAAAUUCAGAAAAACUUACAAGAAAACUUCACAUGGAAAGCAGCUCCUGAAGAGCAGACACAGGUGGAACUCCCAGAAGCUCUGUCUUCCUCUACAUUGCCUGAUCAGAGCUGCCCGGAACCUAGGAGGGCCUCUCGUUUUGCUCAGUGGAUCAGCAAUCCAACCUUUGACUUGGGAAGCCUCUCCUGUAGCCUGACCGUAUCUGAGGAUUGCCGGACAGUAACUGUGUCUCGAUUCCGGCAGCCCUAUCACUGGAGUCAAGAGAGGUUUUCAACCAGUCAGGUCUUAUGUUCCCAGGCCUUCUCUUCUGGGCGGCACUACUGGGAAGUGGACACAAAGUACUGCAAUCACUGGGCAGUUGGAGUGGCUUCUUGGGGCAUGAGCAGAGACCGGAUGCUGGGACGGACUAUGGACUCUUGGUGUAUAGAGUGGAAGGGAACUGGCCAGCUGUCUGCAUGGACCAUGGUCAAAGAAACUGUACUCAACUCAGACAGACCUGGGGUGGUGGGCAUCUGCCUGGACCUGGAGGAGGGGUGGCUUGCCUUCUAUUCAGUGGCCAGUCAGGAGACGCUUCUAUAUGAGUGUGAGAUUGCUGCCUCCUCUCCCCUGCACCCUGCCUUCUGGCUGUACGGCCUAACUCCUGGAAACUCCCUGAUCAUAAAUCAAGUAAAAGUAUAAAGGUUCCUCAGGGGUUAAAACACA